AUGAUUCAGCUGUACAGCACAGCCUAUGUGAAGACUCUGGAGCUCAUUAUCCACAAAAGCAGUGUCCUGCAGAGUCCUGUCUUCACAAAGCAGCCUGGCAGCAUCGUGUAUCCAGUGGAAACCUUGGAGAGGAACAGAGAGGUGGUGUUCAGCUGUGAAGCCCAGGGAAGCCCACCUCCCAUCUACCAGUGGAAAUUGAAUGGCACGGAAAUCAGUCCCAAAUCUGGAUCUCACUACAGCCUAUCUGGAGGCAACCUCAGAAUCAGCCAUCUGAACAAAGACCAAGAUGCUGGAACGUAUCAGUGCCUCGCCUCCAACUCUUUUGGGACCAUCGUCAGCCGAGAGGCCAGUCUAACCUUUGCAUACUUGGAAAACUUCAAGACUCACAGAAGAAGCUCUGUAUCAGUCCGUGAAGGUCAAGGAGUGGUUCUGCUCUGCGGCCCUCCACCACAUUCUGGAGAUCUGAUAUUUUCCUGGAUCUUUAAUGAGUACCCGACAUUUGUGAAGCAGGACACUCGACGCUUCAUCUCACAGGAGACAGGGAAUCUGUACAUCGCCAAAGUGGAGCCCUCAGAUGUUGGCAACUACACCUGUGUGGUGACCAAUACCGUCACAAAGACUCGAGUCCAGGGUCCACCCACUCCACUGGUGCUCCGCAGUGAUGGUGUGAUGGGUGAAUAUGAGCCAAAGAUUGAAGUUCAGUUUCCAGAGGUUGUUCACGUUGCCAAAGGAUCCACUGUAAAGCUGGAGUGCUUCGCUCUGGGAAACCCGGUACCCUCUAUAAACUGGAGGAGAAUGGACGGUGUACCCUUCCCCAGGAAAGUGGACAUGAGGAAAGCCAGUGGUGUCCUGGAAAUCCCAUAUUUCCAGCAGGAGGACGCCGGCACUUACGAGUGUGUGGCUGAGAACUCCAGGGGAAUGAACACAGUGAAAGGAAAGCUCUCUUUCUACGCUCCUCCUCAUCUCAUCGAGAAACCCCAAGAUGUGCAGAAGCUCAUUGAUGACUCAGUGGUGUGGGAGUGUAAAGCCACAGGGAAGCCGAAGCCUUCUUACAGGUGGAUGAAAAAUGGAGAGAACCUUGAGUCUGCUGAGGAGCGCAUACAGGUUGCCAAUGGGGCGUUGUCAAUCAGUCGCCUGACCCUGUCCGACACAGGAAUGUACCAGUGUGUGGCUGGGAAUAAGCACGGCGAGGUCUACUCCAACGCAGAGCUCCGAGUUAUAGCUGUUGCCCCAGAUUUCGCUCACAAUCAACUGAGGAGCCAGACGCUGGUGAAGGUAGGAGGAGAUGUGCUCAUCGAGUGCAAGCCCAAGAUGUCUCCUUGGGGCGUGAUCUCUUGGCGGAAGGGCAGCGAACCACUCCGAGAAAGUAACAGGGUCUCCAUUCUGGACAACGGUAACCUUCGGAUAUGGAAUGCAACCAAAUCUGACGCAGGCCUCUACACCUGUGUGGCAAGAAACCAGUUUGGUGUGGCAAGCAGCACAGGAAGCAUCACAGUUAAAGAGCCGACCAUCAUCACCACCCUGCCGUCCACCCUGGACGUCACCGUGGGGGAGAGUGUGGUCCUGCCCUGUCAAGUGAGCCACGAUCCAUCUCUGGAACUCAAGUUCACCUGGUUCUUCAACGAGCAGCUCAUCCACUUCGGGAGCCACGGUGGAUUUUUUGAAAAAGUGGGAGGUCAGCAUUCGGCAGGAGACAUUAUGAUUCGAAACAUCCAGCUGAGGCACGCGGGGAAGUACACGUGUGCCGUGCAAACGAAGGUGGACAGUAUUUCCAUUGCUGUUGACUUGGUUGUCAGAGGUCCCCCGGGGCCCCCCACCAGCAUCCAUGUAGAAGAAAUCACUGAUACCACAGCCUCUCUGUCCUGGAGGCCUGGUCCUGAUAAUCACAGUCCAAUUACGGCAUAUACCAUCCAGGCCAGGACACCAUUUUCCCUCGGGUGGCAGGCUGUCACCACAGUUCCUGAGGUGGUGGGGGGCCACCGGCUGACAGCUACAGUAAUAGACCUGAGCCCUUGGGUGGAGUAUGAGUUUCGAGUCCUGGCAAGCAACACUAUUGGGACCGGCGAGCCCAGCAAGCCAUCCAAACAAGCAAGGACAAAGGGGACCUCUCCGAAGGUCACGCCAGCUAAUGUGAGUGGAGGCGGUGGCAGUCGCUCCGAAUUAGUCAUCACAUGGGAGCCUGUCCCAGAGGAGCUGCAGAACGGACCAGGGUUCGGCUACGUGGUAGCUUUUCGUCCCCACGGUGCCACAGGAUGGAUGCAGGCUGCUGUACCAUCCGCCGAGGCAUCCAGAUACGUCUUUAAAAAUGAGAGCAUCCAGCCCUUCUCGCCUUUCCAUGUGAAGGUUGGGGUUUACAACAAUGAGGGGGAAGGGCCAUUUGGACCAGUUACCACUAUCUACUCUGCCGAGGAAGAGCCUGGCCGAGCGCCCACCAGGGUUCGUGCCAAGAGCCUCUCUGCAUCCGAGAUUGAAGUUUUGUGGAAAGCUCUGCCCUGGAAUGCCAGCAAGAAAAGAGUGCUGGGCUAUGAGCUGAGGUACUGGAGUAGAAGCGAAAGGGAAGACACGGCCAGCGUGCAAAGAACCAUAGGAAAUCAAACGUCUACUAUUAUCCACGGGGUGAAAGGCAGCACCAUAUAUUACAUCUCAGUGAGGGCGUAUAACACUGCUGGAACGGGGCCUCCCAGCACCACUGUCAACGUUACCACCAAAAAACCACCACCCAGUCAGCCACCAGUUAAAGUGAUGUGGAACGCAUCAAACUCCAAGAUUAUAUUGAACUGGGAGCAGGUCAAAGCCCUGGAAAAUGAGUCAGAGGUCACUGGUUACAAAGUGCUCUACAAGAAGAACCGACACAGUCGCCCCAAUGUCAUGGAAACCAACACCACCUCAGUGGAGCUUGCCCUGCCCACUGAUGAGGAUUAUAUCAUCCAGAUAAAGCCAUUUGGAGAGGGAGGGGAAGGCAGCAGUAGCAGGCAGAUCACCAUCCCAAGGAUACCAGGCCCCAACGCAGUCGGCUCAGCAUCCAAGGUCUCCACUCUAUCAGCACUCAGUACAAUAGCACUGUCUUUCACAGCACGGACAUCUUUAUGACAAACAGCUC